UUAUUAUCAUAUGAUUCGUGCAAGCAAACAUACUAAAAAAUAGAAAAAAUAAAAGAACUGUGAUGAUUUCACUGAGCAUCAUUAAAAAUUAUUACUAGAACGUUUCCCCUACACAACAAAAGAUUUUUAACUGAAAGAGAUUCCUAUAGUUAACAUAGAUAAAGGUUUUUUUGUAGAUCCAUUCAAGACAAUAGAUGAACUAUAUUCAAAAGGGUUUGAAAAAUUCGGAAUAGUAAAAUUGAUUGUUCCUCAAGAUUUGAUUGUUCCAAAUAAGAAAUUCUUUUCUCUUUUGGAGUCAAAGCUUAAGGGUAAGAGAAUAUAAACUCGUAUCUAAACACUAAAUACCUAAAGAGCUGGCGAAGUAUUUUAAUUUAUUUUAGGAUAGAUAUUUGGUUCAAACACUCUAGGAUUUACUAUUCAAGAGUAUAUGAAUCUUGCUAAUAAGUUUGAGUGUAAUCAUAGAUUAUAAGGAUUGAGAGAAGUUUCGAAUUAGAUUCGAUAGAAUGAAAUAGAGUUCUGGUCAAUUAUUGAUCAUCCAACUAGAUUUGAUGAUAUAGAAGUGGAGUAUGCAGCUGAUCUUUUAGCAACUAAAUAUGCCACUGGAUUUUAAGAAGGUUAGUUAGGAAAUCUAAGUGGAAUAAACAAAAAUAGGAAUUCAAUAUUUUAAGUUCUUCAAGAAAAGAAUGAAAUGAGUGGAAUAUCAGUUCCUUGGUUAUACUUAGGAAUGAAAUAUGCUAAUUUCUGUUGGCAUAAGGAAGAUCUUAAUUUAAAUUCAAUGAAUUAUAUGCAUGCUGGUGCUGCUAAGACAUGGUACUUUAUUUGAUUAUAAAAAUUAUCACUUAGGUAUGCUAUACCACCUAGUUACAGUGAUAAGUUUCUACAAUACUUCAAUAAAACCUAUGAGAAUGAAAGGAAGUCUAACCCUCGUUUAUUGUACGAUAUCACUUGUUAAAUUUCACCUGUAGAAUUGAUUGAGAAUGGAAUACCAAUUCUAAGAACUGAUUAAUAACCAGGAGAACUAAUUUUAACUUUAGGAGCAACCUACCAUGCAGGUUUUUCUCAUGGUAUUUUAUUUAAAUAAUAAUUAGGACUCAAUUGUAGUGAAGCAGUCAACGUAGCUCCAACUUAAUGGCUUAAAGAAUUUGAUAAAGCCACUACAGAAUACCGUAUGGAUGGAAACUUAAAGAAGGUAAUCUCUAUAAUCAUUAUUUAUAUUUAGGUAAGUUUCCCUCUAGAGUGGUUACUUUGCAAAGUUGUCUUGAUGGCUGAAGAAGUCAAGUUCACUAAAUAAUCAUGGUUAAAGGUAUAAUAGAAUUUUAAUUACAUCUUAGAUAUUUGAGAAAUUCAAACAAAUGAUGGAUUCAGAAAUUAGUAAUCGUAAUUGCAUUCUAACUCUUUACGAUAAUGUUAAAACAGUUGAAUUUGUUAAUAAGUAGGAAAAAUAUGAUAGAAGUGUAUGUAAAAUCUGUUCCAAUUAUAUGUUCUUAAGUUACAUUUUUUGUGGGAAGUAAUAAAUUCUAAUAUUUUGUAAGAUGUAUAAAGAAAGGAUGUAUUUGUCACUAAAGCAUUUGUGCUUGUUCCAAUCCGUAAAUAUCACUAUAUAUUCGAUACAACAAUUAGGAACUACAAAUGAUGCUUACAACGUUAGAGUCUAAACUCAAAACAACGGGGUCGUGA